ACACAUUUUAAAUGAUAGCUUUUUAAAAAAUUGCUUCUAGCUUUCUUGAAAGCUAUGCACCCUAACUAAGUUUGCAUUUUGAAGCAUUGAAACUCAAAUUUGGCAUUAUAUUUAUUUAGCUUCUGAUUUAGCUUUGGUAUGGAAAUUUCAUCUUUUGUUUUUAAUUGUAUUAGUGUACGUCAUAUCUGUUGUUCGGCCGGGGCUUCAGAAUUUUGUGAGUGAGGCGCCAUUGAUGAUUACACAGCAAAAUCAUUCAUCUCUUUCAUCCUUAAAAGCCUUACUAAGCAAUGUUUCCACCUACUCGGCGUAGCUUCCUCUUCAUCCCUCGCUUUUACUCUGCUUUCUUCUACUCUUGUUCUCCUUUGGAAAAUGAAUCUCUUGCUCCCCCUCCAGUUAUUCAUUCUCGAAGAGUGGUCGUCACCGGGUUGGGAAUGGUGACUCCUUUGGGUUGUGGAGUGGAAACGACGUGGAAUCGCUUAGUGAAAGGAGAGUGUGGGGUUAGAGCUUUGUCCAUGGAUGAUCUUAAGAUGAAUAGCUUCGAUACUGAAACCAAAGUGCACGCCUACGAGCAGCUCACUUCCAAAGUUGCUGCAGUGGUGCCUUGUGGAACAGCCCCUGGACAGUUCAAUGAGGAUUUGUGGCUUAAUUCUAAGGACCACAGGUCAAUAUCAAGGUUUAUAGGAUAUGCAUUAUGUGCUGCCGAUGAAGCUCUGAAAGAUGCAAAUUGGGCACCUGUAGAGCAGGAUCAGAAGGAAAGAACAGGAGUUUCAAUUGGUGGGGGAAUUGGAAGCAUGAGUGACAUACUAGAGGCAGCACAAUUGAUUUGUGAGAAGCGUUUGCGUCGGCUUAGUCCAUUUUUUGUUCCACGGAUAUUAAUCAAUAUGGCGUCUGGUCACGUGAGCAUGAAGUAUGGAUUCCAGGGACCAAAUCAUGCUGCAGUGACAGCUUGUGCUACUGGUGCACAUUCUAUUGGUGACGCGGCAAGGAUGAUUCAGUUUGGAGAUUCAGAUGUUAUGGUGGCUGGAGGAACUGAGGGGAGCAUUGAUGCAUUGUCUGUAGCUGGAUUUUGUAGGUCCAGGGCUUUGACUACAAAGUACAACUCCACCCCUCAAGAAGCUUCGAGGCCGUUUGACUGUUCAAGAGAUGGGUUUGUGAUAGGUGAAGGUUCCGGUGUCUUGGUGUUGGAGGAACUUGAGCAUGCAAAAAGACGUGGAGCAAAAAUCUAUGGGGAGCUUCGCGGAUAUGGGACAGCUGGUGAUGCAUAUCAUAUUACUCAACCACAUGUUGAUGGAAGAGGUGCUAUCCUGACAAUGUCACGUGCCUUGAAGCAGUCUGGUCUUCAUUAUAAACAAGUGGAUUACAUUAAUGCUCAUGCUACAUCAACACCUUUGGGUGAUGCUGUAGAAGCUAAUGCCAUCAAAAGUAUGUUCUCCGAUCAUGCAACAUCAGGUGCUUUGGCUUUGUCUUCCACCAAGGGAGCUAUUGGUCAUCUUCUUGGAGCAGCUGGAGCUGUUGAAGCAAUCUUUGCGGUUUUGGCCAUACAUCAUGGAAUGGCACCGUUGACACUUAAUCUUGACAAACCAGAUCCGGUAUUUGAGGAUGCGUUUAUGCCUUUGAUAUCUUCGAAAAAAAUGCCAAUUAGAGCUGCUUUGUCAAAUUCAUUUGGCUUUGGAGGAACUAAUGCGUCCUUGUUGUUCACCUCUGCUCCUUGACAAUCACUUUGGUUCUGCAUUGUCUUGUCUCAUAAGCCAUAUUUCAUUCGUCAAGCGAUCUUUUCGGCCAAAUGUGAGAUAAGCCUGUAGCUUGAGAGGUUCUGCGGACAAAAAAGAAUGCAAAGCUUUGUUGUCUCAUUAAUGUUGAGGUUCACCUCUCCACUGUUUGUUAGGAUUUUAGCUGUAAAUUUUGAGUGAGCUUUGUUUUGGGAGCUGAGGCUGACCGUUAUUUGGGCUGCACAAGAAGUUGCUGCAACGGCUAGACGUGUGCUUUUGGUGAAGUAUGACAGCUUUUUAGCAUAGCAAGAUUUGUUCAAGGGAUAAUUAAAGAUAAAAUAAAAGAAAAAUCCGUCUUUUCUUCACCCUAAA